AUGGCCGAGGGGCAAUCAACACCGCAGCUGGCCACGGCCGCUCAAGCUCCCCUCCGAUCACAAAAAGUCUCAGAAACCGUUCCUUACUAUCGCCCUAGCAAGGGUUUCUAUCCCUGCAAGAAGGAACCGUCGAAAUACGUGACCUCCUUGGAUUUUGAUGACCAAGGCGAUUACCUCGUCGGCGCGGGAAAUGACGAGAGCAUUCACACCUACGACGUGAAAGAAGGAAAAUUUAACAAAACAGUGGCCUCCAAGAAAUAUGGUGUCCACCUCGCACGAUUUACUCACCAUUCACGUCAAGUACUCCACGCGAGCACCAAGGUUGAUAAUAAUCUGCGACUGUUAGAUCUUCAUAACGAGAGCUACGUUCGAUAUUUUACCGGAGUUGGUGACCAGGUCACUUGCCUAGCUCUCUCCCCCGCCAGCGACGCCUUCAUAUCCUGCUCCAAGGAUGAUACCGUGACGCUCUGGGACCUAAACUCCAGAAACCCACAAGGAAAACUCAACAUCGCGACUCCCUACCUCUCCGCCUUUGACAACUCCGGUGCAGUCAUUGCAAUUGCCUCUCAAUCCACCUCCGUCGUGCUCCUCUACGAUUUCCGCAACUUCGACAAAGCGCCAUUUUCUACCUUUGACCUUGCUCCAUGGGAAGAGAGAUUCACACCCUCAACUCGAGGACGCGCAUGGACUAAAUUGGAGUUUUCCAACGACGGAAAGUCUUUGUUGCUCGGAACAGAUUACCAUGGUCACUACGUUCUAGAUGCCUAUGAGGGUACCGUCAAGGCCUUCCUUGCGGGCAAGAGCGGCUCAUCCGGUCGUGCGGCACCGGUAUCUACCACUGGCAAACCACUUGGACAGGGAGAUGCGUGCUUUUCGCCUGACGGGCGAUACGUUGUUGGUGGAAAUGGCGAGCAACCCGGUUUGCUUAUGUGGGAUAUCAACCAGGCAAACGCGGCGGACCCCGCACUGCAGCCUGCAUACAGACUGCCCUACCAGAAAGCUACAGCCAUGGUGGAGUGGAACCCAAGAUACAACAUGAUCGCCAGUGCUGAGAAGGAAAUCGUCUUCUGGGCCCCUGACGACCCUUCCAAAUCUUCCGAGAAGUAA